UCAAUUGUUUGAUUCUUCUUCAGUGCUGAUGUGGUAAACCUGAAUGAAAAAAAACCUUCAAAUAUGUAUGAUUGAUAAUAUUCGAGAUUGAAAUCAUAAAGUUAUUGUUGAUCUGAGAAGAAGCUUAACGUCGAGCUGUUGGGUGUUGGUCUUGGACAAUUCGUUUGAUGUGAUUGGUUAUUACGAAUUAAUACGCGUGCGGUGUGGGAUCUCACGGUAGCUAGACUUUCGUACAAAAGCAGUGGAUCCCUUUGAUGGACCUGGUAUAUUGAACGUGAACGCGACAAAUAGAACCGUUGAUGUAAAUAGAAAUCAGCAGAACUAUUUCGUUUUGGUACCUCAUAAAAUGGUUCUGACAGAUUAAUGUAAUCAACAGGCGGCUGUUUAAUUUAGCGGUUAUACCAUAUUAGUGCUACUCCAUUUCACAAUAUCGAUUCCAUCACCUCCAAGACUCAGAACUCUUGCUGAAUACAUACUCAGAUGAUGGAUUUGAGAGGAUAUGGUUCAUAAGAAUACCAGAAGUCAUGGCGUCCUCCAUUAUCACAGUAAUCAGCGCAUGCGUAUUGGUGAGCUCUGUAUGCACUGUCUACACUAUCAAUGCAGAAAACAUCUUUUCUAGCCCUGCCACGGACCUGCCCUCACAAAAUGCUCAACUUCUCGAAGCAUGCUUCAACCUCUGCCGACAAGGUAUGUGUCCAAAUUCCUGUCCGCAGUCCUUUGUAAGUCCAUGGUCCAAGAGGGCAUACCACAAACGGAAGUUGUUCGAUAAAAGUGGAUACGGUACUGGAUUCGACGACCACGGUUGGUUUAUGCGUCUCUUAGGAAGGAUGAACUGACGUAAAAUCUAUUAAAAUGUUUAAAAUAAAUUGUAUUGUGGUGUUUAUCAGGCAAACAUCGUGACUUCUUAAAGUUUUCUGAUAUGAACAUUUUCAUGUCCUUAUUUAUCAACGAACGUUAACUGUUUAGAAUUUGUUCCUAUAAACACGUGUUGUCCUUUCCAAAUUGAUGAUUCGAUUGUUUCUUCUUCUGUGUUAAUAUUAUUCAAUCUUUUCCUUUUUUCGUGUUUUAAUCUAUCUUGUUGUUCUUUAUUAUUAAUAAAGGGAUUUUAAAUUA